AUGCUUAAUAAGCGUUCCCGAACCAUACGGGUCCCAGUUGUGGAAGAAGACGAAGAACGUGACGCAGUAUCAGCAAAUGCGGAACCCUUCCACACGCCGGUAGUGGAAGGUUUACCGGCGAAAUACCGACGGCUGCUGAUCGCGCCGGAAAUCGACCCGUACACGAUCACUCGAAGUGCUGACGGGUCGACCACAAUUGGGUGCGGUAUGUGCCCGAAGGAAUUUGGGAGCUUGAAGGGAUGGCGAAUUCAUGCCAGUAGAAUGCACCGACAAAGCGGCUUUUGUCAGAAGUGUGGUCAUUUCAUUGACAUGCCGCACGUUAGCUCCGAUGAGGAAAUAGCAGCAACGAUGGAGCUCCAUUCUUUAGAAUGGUGCCCCAUGGCCACGAAGGCCGUCAUAAGUGAAAGGGCUGCUAAACGAAGGAGACUAGAGCUAGUUGGUAGAAGCGACGAAGCUCAGCACUAUUACAUUCCUGGUAAGUGCACAAUAACAAUAAGAUUUUCUACCAAUGAAAAGACACGUCGUGUGCAGAGCCAUCCCAAUCAAACCUACGCUUCACUCCAGUGUCAAAAUCCUCGUCUUCGCGCAAGUACUCUGUUAGCUGGCUAA